AUGCCCGUUCCCACUAGCUUGAAUGAGCAGCAGGCACUAGCAUUCCAAACAGUCAUAAAUUAUUUUUUACCUGCUCAGACCAGAUCUUCAAGUUUCUUUUUCCUUCAUGGUCAUGGAGGUACUGGUAAAACAUUCCUCUAUAGAACGAUUCUUGGCCAUCUCAAGGAACUUGGCAAAAUUGUUCUUGUCGUUGCUUCUUCGGGAAUUGCUGCAACCUUGCUUCCUAAUGCAACUAUAGCUCAUUCCCGGUUCAAGAUCCCCCUGGAAAUUGACCAUGGUUCUUCUUGUAAUAUAAAAAAAGGUACACCUCUUGCCGAGUUGAUAAUUGGUGCAUCUCUCAUUAUAUGGGAUGAAGCCCCAAUGGUUCAUCGUUUGUCUUUUGAGGCAGUUGAUCGUGCUUUCUGUGACAUUAUGAAAGUCCCUUUGACUGGUGACCAGUACAUACCGUUUGGAGGCAAAACAGUUCUACUUGGUGGAGACUUUCGGCAGACUUUACCAAUUGUGGCUGAUGCUGGGAGAGAAGAAAGUGUUGAUGCAUCUCUUACACGUUCUUACCUGUGGCCUUUGUGCACUGUGCUCCACCUAUCACAGAACAUGCGUGUUACUUCUGAUGCUGCAAACCAGAGGCAAAUUUUUGAUGGCCAGAACUUUGCAGAAUGGACUCUUUCUGUUGGUGAUGGAAUUGUUCGAGCUAAAUCUUUUGUUGAGAACCAACCAACUGAUUGGAUAGAAAUUCCAGAAUCCUCUAUGAUCCAAUCUACAGAUGCACCCAUCGAGAAGAUGACUUCCGAAAUAUAUUCUGAUUUCUCUCAAAGAUUUCACAGUGCUUCAUAUUUGACUGAAAGAUCCAACGUGACUCCAACAAACAUCAAUGUCACAGAGAUUAAUACUCAUAUGCUUUCUUUGGUACAAGGCCCCAUACGGACUUAUUUUAGCAGUGACACAUUGCAUACUGAUGCAACCGAUGCAGGACGAAUUGAAACCAAAUAUCCUACAGAAUUCCUCAAUACCCUGUCUUUCAACGGCUAUCCAGAGCAUCAGAUUGACCUCAAGGUCUUCACGCCAGUCAUGUUGUUAAGGAAUCUCAACCCAGCUAUAGGUUUAUGCAAUGGUACGCGCUUGAUGAUUGUCUUCUUGGGUCAUUAUGUUAUUAAGGGUCUCAUAAUGGGAGGUACAUUUAAUGGGAAGACUGUGGCUAUUCCCAGAGUUGUCCUUAACAUCAACGACAGCCGUUGGCCAUUCGUGCUUAAACGACGACAAUUCCCGGUUCGCCUGUGUUACGCCAUGACCAUCAAUAAAAGCCAGGGACAAACAUUACAGAGUGUUGGUAUUUACUUACCGAAACCUGUCUUUAAUCAUGGUCAACUUUAUGUUGCUGUAUCUCGAGUCCGGACAGCUGCAGGUCUACGGUUCCUCAUUGUAAAUGAACCAAACAUCCCCUCAAACUACACUCGCAACAUAGUGUACCAUGAGGCAUUUAGCUGUCUUAGAAACACAGCAGAGCUCACCGCACCGCCACUGUAA